AUGUUGUACAAUAAAACCAAUGUUGCACCCUGCAUUUUCCAACAACUCUUCAUUGAACAUCGUAACGAAUAUUCUGAAUACAUACCAAUUUCUACAGACGGAUCAAAAUCUGCUGGAUACAUUGGCUGUGGUGUCGUCAUUGCUGAUGAAACCUAUAGCUAUAAAAUCCCGGAUAUUUGCUCAGUCUUCACUGCUGAAGCUUUUGCUAUCCUUUUGGCACUGAGACUGAUUUCCACGCGCUCUACACGGAGGUAUUGUAUUUACUCCGAUAGUAUGAGCGUUUUGCGCCAGUUGGAUAACAUUCGCAGUGAAAAUCAUCCAAUUUUAGAUCUUAUUAUUCAUUUGCUAUGUAGUCUCCACAGAAAUGGGUUUCAUGUAAUGUUUUGUUGGGUACCGAGUCACGUUGGCAUACCAGGAAACGACCUGGCCGAUUCUUGUGCACGGUCUGCCACUGAUCUCUUUCCAUUAUCUGUGCCUUUUACGGAUGUCAAGCUGCAUGUUCGGAAAUUUAUAACAUCUUUAUGGCAGCAAAGGUGGGAUCUCCAAACUCUCAAUAAGCUACAUAGUGUUAAAACCAAUUUGGACCAUUUGCCUGUUCUGCAUCUGCGUAGUUCAGACGUUAAACUCACUCGACUGCGAAUCGGUCACACCCGGUUAACGCAUCUUCAUUUGCUGUUCGGAGAACCUCCCCCUGAAUGCAAAAAAGAGAUAUUAGAUAUUGAACUAGAAAUUUGUAUGCAGAAUACUCCCAUUCCAGUGGUUACAGGAAAGAAAUUCCUUGGUCUGAUUUUAGAGUCCAAACUAAAUUUUAAAUGCCAUGUUAAAUAUCUGAGGCAAACAUGUGGAAAAAGUGGUGCAUUCCGCACUUCACCAGUUGAGAGUUUAUAUGUUAUUUGUCACCAAUCACCUCUCGAUUUACGUCGCAUGCAGUUGUCAUUGGCAUAUUACUAUCGUGUGAAGUCCUACAAAUCUCAUCCUCUAAAGAAAGAUGUCUUUCCAUUAAGCUUGGAACGAUUGUAUGACGCUAGACCUUCACACGUCCGUCCAUUUCAUGCUCGCGUGCGCUCAAUCAUACGAACAUUUGACAUUUGUGACAUAACACAAUCAGUAGAUCACCUUCUCAUACCACCCUGGAUCAUCGCACCAUAUCAAUUUUAUUCCCCAUUUAUGUUGUACAGUAAAUCUAAUGUUGCAUCCGUCAUUUAUCAACAAAUAUUCAAUUCUCAUCGUCAUCAAUAUUUUGAGUAUGUACCUGUAUAUACUGACGGAUCAAAAUCGACGGGGUACGUAGGCUGUGGUGUCAUCAUCGCUGAUGAUACUCAUAGCUACAAGAUCCCAGAUACUUGUUCCGUCUUCACUGCUGAAUCUGCUGCCAUCCUUUUGGCAUUGCGGCUGAUUCCUUCACGCUCCGAACGAAAGUAUUUGAUAUACUCCGAUAGUAAGAGCGUUUUGAGCCAGUUAGAAAAUUUUCGCAGCGAUACUCAUCCAAUCUUAUGCUUCAUUAAUCAUUUAUUAAUCGCUCUUCACAAGAAGGGAUUUGAUAUUUCAUUUUGCUGGAUACCGAGUCACGUCGGUAUCCCAGGGAAUGAGUUGGCUGAUUCUGCAGCACGAUCUGCAACUACUGAAUUAACAAUAUCUGUACCAUUCUCAGACAUUAAACUACAUGUUCGACAGCUCAUCUCGUCCCUUUGGCAACAGCAUUGGGACCUUCAAACUCAAAAUAAACUUCAUAACAUCAAACCAUAUAUAGACCCCUUACCUGUAUUACGUUUACGUAAUGCAGAUGUAAAGCUUAAUCGUCUCAGAAUCGGCCACACUCGACUCACGCAUCUUCAUCUGUUGUUUGGAGAAUCUCCUCCCAAAUGCGACUCUUGCAAUACUUUACUUACGGUUCAUCACAUUUUAACCAUUUGUCCUUGUUUUAACCAACAUCGUCUUACCUUUUUUAAUAGCACGAUUUUAUGUAUGAAGGAUUUGUUAGAUGAUAUUCAUCAUCCCAACAUUUUCGCAUUUCUGCGAGCUAUUGGUAUUAUAUAUUGUAUAUAACUGUUUUAUCUGAUUUUAUUCACUCUUAUUUCCUACCCAUGAACCGUUUUACCUUUUUUGUGUAUUUUAUAGAAUUAUGCUUUUUAAUGAUUUUUAUGAACUUUUAAAAAUACGUGUCUUGAGAUAAACAAUUUUAUUACUUUCAUUUAUUUUAUGACAAUGAAACUAUUGUGUGCAAUUUACCAUUAGAUCUAACUCAACAAAUUGUUUGGCGCAGCAUAUCCUCCUUUGGAUCUUGUGCCA